UACAUCAGACGGGAUAGUAACGGCCUGAUUAACGUUCAUCACGUUAGCUAAUUAAUUAAAAUUGGAAGUUACAGACUCGAGGAGCUUACUUUCUCGAUAUUUCGAACAGAGGGACGUAUUUUGAAUCUGAGAUACUUUGAAGUCUCGUUUGGAGUACCUUCAGUUGGAGCGUGAUGGAGGAGACGACACUGCCGACGACGUUCUCGUCUUCUAGCGAGCUGAAUGAAACUUCGACGGAGGACGAUAUGGUGCAGCAGUGGUUGGAAAAUGAGGCGAUUUCGGGUUUUCGCGUCUGGCAGCUCGCCGGCAUCAUUCUCUCCGUUCUGCUGAGCAUCAUCGUCGGGCUGUGCUGCUGUAUUCGGUUUCGCGUCCCCAGAACGAAGCAGGAGAUCGAGGCGGACUACAUUCGCAAGAGGAUCACCAGGAGCUUCCGGAAUGAGUUGUCGAAGAUCAACAACACCGAGAUGGAUGAGAUGGAUCUGCGGAAAGCUCUGGACAGAAUCCGUAACGAGUACGAGGGGGACACGUCCGCAAUAGCGGAGGAGUGCGCGGAAAUGGCGCAGCAGAGCGCGGCCCGACAGGGCUUUCGAUCCAGAUUUAACGCCGUGUUCGGCGGGACGCGUGUGCGUUUCAGCCAACGCGGGCACGCGGAAUCGAACGUUGUGAUCUAACGGCGGCGGUUCGUCGUCCUGCGAUGUCCUGUGCGCGAGGGGAAUCGAAACAAAACCCUCUCGAAAGACCGCGAGUCUCAUAAAAUUUUUCCUCGUCGCGCAACUUUAGGAAUAUAAAAAAAAUGGAGCAAGAGAAAAUACACGCACCUCCGCAAGAAAGAUGACGCAGGUCAAAGAUUGUUUUUCGAGAGAGAAAAUAAAUUGCGUUUUAAAAUUAAUUAUUUGGAAUUAAACAUAUAUUAACUUGGAGCGGUGAAUUAAUCAAAUUAAAAUGCUCUCCCAUCUAAAAGAUGUAAUGUAUUAACUUUGUUAUAGCGUCAUAUUAAAUCUAAAGCUACUCCUGUUAGGAUUUUUUUUUUCUUGUCUUUAUAAUUUGAAUUUAAUUGUAACAACUUGUAUCACCUUUCCUGAUCGAAGGCCAAUGUAUUCAGAACACAAUAUAAAAUUUAAAAAAUUACGACUUGUGUCACUCGGGGAAUACGACGCACAUUGAAAUCAAGAUAAUAUAAAUAAGAAUUUUUUCUCUUAGACAACGAUACAUAAAGUAUAUAAUGAAAAGUUUCAACAGUCAAGAAGGUUAAGAAUAGACAAAGAAGAGAAGAUACAAGUUCGAUGUCAAUUUACAGGGAAUAAUAACGAGUAAUAAACUGCGUGUGACAACUUUCAUUGACUAAAUAUAAUCUUUAUUUCAUAUAGAUAUAUUUUACACAAAAAUUUAUUUACUUUUAGCAUGCAACAGUGAUCUAUUAGCAACGAAUAGUAAUGCUUUUGAAAGUAACACUUCACGAUGUUGUGUUACAGCGUAUUCUUUUUUCCUCUCUUUCUAUCCUGUCGACAUCGCUAUCGAUUAAAAUUUAAUCAUUAACUUCUUUAUAUCGAUUAAUUAUUUGUACUCUCUCGUUAACCGCGCUUAUCCUAUUAUCGCACAUCGAUUGAUCUUAUUCACCUAUUCAAUAGAAGUCGCUGAAUCUAAUGAUCAUUGACAAUACGGGAGACGAAAAUCGUUAUUAAUAUAAAAUAUAUUAUAGAGAAUAACAAGUCAAAUUUCGUAAAAAAAGAUUGCAAAGUAUAACGUUUUAAAAAAAUAGUUAAGCAAAGUAUCACACUGAUUUCGCGACUAUUUACAAUAUCCUCGCUUCUAUCAUAAAAUGUAAAUCGGCGACGCGUAAAAUCGAGAAAUUAUCUCGAUUGCAACAACAUGAUCCUUUAGUUGAAACAAAAAAAAAAAAA